CUCCGCACCCUCGACCAUGGCGGCCAACAAGGUCCGAUACACCAUCGGAGACUCAAUUGUCUUUGACGUCGACUCGCGCUACAAGAUUACCGGCGCUCUCGGCAAGGGCGCCUUUGGAACGGUGGUCAAGGGUGUGGACACGUCGUCGGGCGAAGAGGUUGCUAUCAAGAAGAUCAACCCGUUUGUGCAUGUGGUGGACGCCAAGCGGACGCUGCGGGAGUUGAAGAUCCUUGCGCAGCUGGACCAUCCCAACAUCAUCUCGCUCAAGGACAUCAUGUCGAUUCCGCACGGCAUUACCGACACGUUCCAGGAUCUGUACGUGGUGACCGACUUGAUGGAGACGGAUCUGCACCAGAUCAUCCAGUCUGACCAGCCGCUGGAGGAGGCGCACCUCAAGUACUUUAUGUACCAGCUGUUCAAGGGCCUCAAGUACUUGCAUUCGGCUAACACGCUGCAUCGCGACCUCAAGCCGUCGAACUUGCUGGUCAACGCCGACUCGCAGCUCAAGAUCUGCGACUUUGGCCUCUCGCGGGUCGACGAAGCCGCGGUGGCCGACGAGCUCGAUGCGCUGGCGCCGGGCGAUGCGCCGGCGGAUAUGAACGUCGCUGGUGCGUCCGACUCGGCCGUCUACACCGAGUACGUGGUGACCCGGUGGUAUCGCGCGCCCGAGGUGAUCUGCGACCGCCGCGCAUACGGUAAGCCCGUCGACAUCUGGUCAGCCGGAUGCAUCCUUGCUGAGAUGCUGGGCCGGACGGUACUCCUCCCCGGGCGCGAUCAGGUGCAGCAGCUCGCGCUGACGCUUGAGCUUGUCGGCACGCCCGCCGACGAUGUCAUCGACAGCAUCCUCAACAAGAACGCCCGGCGCUACGUCAAGUCGUACCGCAAGGUCGAGCGCAAGCCGUUUGGCGAGCUCUUUCCGCGCGCCUCGGCCGAGGCCAUCGAUCUCCUCGAGACGCUGCUUCAGUGGAACCCGCUCGACCGCCCGACGGCCGAGGAGGCGCUCGAGCACCCGUUCCUGCAGGACUACCGCAACGAGGCCGACGAGAAGAAGUCCAAGGACAAGUUCCUGCAGUUUGACUUUGAGCAGACCAAGCUGUCCAUCCCUACCAUUCGCCGCCUCGUCUACAACGAGAUGCUAUUCUUCCACCCCGAGCUCGGUGAGCACAUCCCGUCAACAUCGGAGCGCGUCCUCGCCCUCACCGACGACGAGCUGGCGACCAUGGACGACUCUGCAUGACUCGUCUGCUGGAAAUAACACGCGUGCCUCUUUGA